CAACUUAAUUACCUUCAGCACAGCCCUCACAUGCAACUAUGACACAUUGCUAAGCAAUUUGGAAACCAUGCCAACAAAGCCAACCCUACGUAAAAAACUGCAGCUACCAUGCAAUAACACCCCGAAGUCCUUGGCAUUCUGCCUAGGUAAGCGUUCUACAAGCCUUAAGGCUUUUCCAGGGCCGCAUUCCGUUGCUUCGGGUGCCCAGAGCAAAAGGGCUCAGAGUGAAGGCAGCUGUACGGCAAUGACGACAACGAGCGUGAGCAUUGACCAUGCGUUCUGGGUCGGGCGCAAACAUGUUUACACAAGAAGCGCGGUCCCUGGUAAAGCGCAGUCGUUUAAGCUGGUCCAUUUGCAUCCCUCUUUAGCUACAGACGCUGCUUCGAGCUUGAAAUAUAAUCUGAGACAGUAACAUUCACAACUAUUUCAAUGUCUCUGGGUGUAUGGUGCGGUGGCUUAGCCAGUUGGAGAGGAACGCAGCCAAGCCAUCGAGGGGCCACCUCAGCCUUGGCGGGCAGUUGUAAACGAGGAGCACGGCGUUGUUCAUUUAUUCCCAAGACAGCUCAACGAGACGAAGUCGAUGGUGCUGAAAGGCGGAGUCGCCUACCGACCCGUAAAGACGUUUCUAAUGCGUCACCAACUAGCAGCACCCCUGAAGCUGAAGCCGAGGCUGCUACGUCAGCGACCAGUAGCAGCGACGGUGUCAGCCCUGAGGGUCUAUCGCCUCCAUUUCUUUUUUCUCCUGGUAGUGACUUACCUAACCUCGCCUGUGAUCUGCGGAACCCGUCUGAAUGCUUAAACAUAAGCUCUAUUGAGGAUCCCCGCCUGGACCCAAGCAUGUCCCGCCUAGUCCGCGACUACGUGGAGCAGCUGGUGGGCAGCGGGGUGAGCCAGCAGCGAGCGGCGCAGGUGAUACGCGAGUGGAGCGAUGGAGGAGGCCUAACCCGGGUGGACCUGCGCAAGCUGCGGCGCCACUUCCUGUGGGCCACCCUGCUACCCGUGCUGCGGACCCGCAUGCCGGAGGCUGUGCUGGACCUCAGCCUCACCGCCGCCUCCUUCUGGUCGCUGGGGCAGCUGCCGGGUGCGGGCGAGCAGGUGCUGCACCCGGCGGUGCGGGGGGCGCUGGUGGCGCUCAACCUGCUCAUGCUGGUGGGCUGGGCGGCGGGGAGCGUCAGGACGGCAGGUCGCGUGCUGCGGCUGUCCCAGGCCGCCCUGCACUUCAGCAAUCAGGCGGAGCUGGUGCUGCUGGCACUGCAGGCUGUCUCCGACGGUCACGGCCAGCUGGUGCUAGCCGCCGCCGGCUCCCCCGCCGCCGCCGCGCUGGCGGAGGCGGAUGUGGACCGCAUCCUGCUGGCGGCGGCGGCAGCCAUGCGGCACGCCAAGCGGCAGGCGGCGGUGGAGGCGGGGGCGGCAGCCGGGGGAGGAGCUGUUGAGCUGGUGGAGGAG